UUGUGUUUACGCUCACCUGGACGCAGAACGUCACAUUGUUUUGGGCAUAGAAUUAAGGAAAAUCUAUACACUGGUAACACCCCUUACGUAGGCUGUCAACUGAGCGUCAAACAGUUCGCCAUCUUGGUUAUAACUAGACCUUUGGAAAAUACUGUAUGUUUACAUGGAGAUUCUGUGCUGUUACGUGCAUUCAGGGUCCAAGGGACCUACUGUGUAGUUUUAUUUUACGUUGGAUAUUCGUUACUUUUAGAGAAGCUGUGCGGUACCAAUGACCGAUUUCUGAAUGGCAAGUACGGGCUGCCGGACCGUAUACUCUCAAGAUUUCCGGUCCGGGCAGCCACUUCUGGUUACCACACAACAACAAAACCGCAGAGUUCUGACAAGAGUAAAACCCUGUUGACCCAAUCGGAGAACUGGAAGAGUAUUACUUCCUUUCUCGAACAUUUGCUUCAAGGCUUGAAGAAAAUGACAGAACGUGGCAUUAAAUGGGCUUGUGAGUACUGCACCUAUGAGAACUGGCCAUCUGCUGUUAAGUGUACAAUGUGUCGUGCACAGAGACCCAACACUACAAUUAUAACGGAGGAUCCAUUUAAAAGCAGUCCAAGUGAUAUAGGGAGGGACUGGAGUCCUGCAGGUAUUGGGAGUGGAAACAGCCCUUUAAUUUGUCCAGAUUCCAGUGCAAGGCCAAGGGUUAAGUCUUCAUAUAGUUCUGAAAACGCAACAAAGUGGUCUUGCCAUAUGUGCACCUAUCUUAAUUGGCCUAGAGCAAUUAGGUGCACUCAGUGCUUAUGCCAGCGUCGGACCAGGAGCCCUACGGAGUCUCCCCAAUCCUCUGGUUCAGGUUUAAGGCCAGUUCCCCCACCAGUGGACCCUUGUGAAGAAUAUAAUGACAGAAAUAGACUUAUCACAAGAGCUCAGCAUUGGACUUGCUCCAUUUGCACUUAUGGAAAUUGGCCUAAAGCUAGAAAGUGUGCUGUGUGUGACCACCCUAGACCAAAUAGUUUUGAAGCAAUAGAACUGGCUGGAGCAGAAGAGGCUUCAUCAAUUAUUAAUGAACAAGACCGAGCUAGAUGGAGUCGAAGUUGUGGUAGUAGCAAUAGUCAGAGAAGAUCUCCGCCAACAUCAAAACACGAGUUUGAGAAAAAAAUGGAUUUUCAGAGAAUUGAACUAGCAGCUUCUGGUGUUAGCUGCAAAGAUGAACGUGAGGUUGACUUUAAAAAAUUAAAACAGAUAAAAAAUAGAAUGAAAAAGAUUGACUGGUUAUUCCUCAAUGCAUGUAUUGGUGUUGUAGAAGAGGACUUAACAGCAGUGGAAGCUUACAAGUCUGCAGGAGGUGACAUUGCUCGACAGCUUACAGCAGAUGAAGUUCGCUUGCUUAAUCGCCCUUCCGCAUUCGAUGUUGGCUAUACACUGGUGCACUUAGCUAUUCGUUUUCAGAGACAAGACAUGCUAGCAGUUUUACUCACAGAGGUAUCGCAACAAGCUGCAAAGAGUAUUCCUGCAAUGGUAUGCCUUGAGCUUACAGAGCAGAUUCGUCGUGAGAUUGCUGCAUCACUUCAUCAGCGUAAAGGAGACUUUGCUUGUCAUUUUCUUUCUGAUUUGGUCACAUUCACAUUACCUGCAGAUAUUGAAGACCUUCCACCCACUGUGCAGGAGAAGCUGUUUGAUGAAUUACUAGACCGAGAUGUACAAAAGGAAUUGGAGGAAGAAUCCCCUGUUAUAAACUGGUCUUUAGAGUUGGGCACACGACUGGAUAGUAGACUCUAUGCACUUUGGAAUCGCACUGCAGGAGAUUGCUUACUUGAUUCUGUAUUACAAGCUACUUGGGGUAUUUAUGACAAAGAUUCUGUGUUACGGAAAGCUCUUCAUGACAGCUUACAUGACUGUUCACAUUGGUUCUAUACUCGAUGGAAGGAGUGGGAGUCAUGGUACUCUCAGAGCUUUGGUUUACAUUUUUCAUUACGGGAAGAGCAGUGGCAAGAAGACUGGGCAUUUAUAUUGUCUCUUGCUAGCCAGCCUGGAGCAAGCUUGGAACAAACUCACAUAUUUGUUCUUGCACAUAUUUUACGAAGACCAAUAAUAGUAUAUGGAGUAAAGUACUACAAGAGUUUUCGUGGGGAGGCUUUGGGGUAUACACGGUUUCAAGGUGUGUAUUUACCAUUACUUUGGGAGCAGAGUUUUUGCUGGAAAAGUCCUAUAGCUUUAGGCUACACAAGAGGGCACUUCUCAGCACUUGUUGCAAUGGAGAACGAUGGCUUUGAUAAUCGUGGUGCUGGUGCUAAUUUAAACACCGAUGAUGAUGUUACAGUUACCUUCUUACCAUUGGUUGACAGUGAAAGGAAGCUUUUGCACAUUCACUUCCUAAAUGCACAAGAGAUUGGCAAUGAAGAGCAGCAGGAAAAACUACUUAGAGAAUGGAUGGACUGCUGUGUCACAGAAGGUGGAGUACUUGUUGCUAUGCAGAAAAGUUCCCGUCGUCGCAAUCACCCACUUGUUACACAAAUGGUAGAAAAGUGGCUUGACCGUUACAGGCAGAUUCGCCCGUGUGUGUCACUUUCAGAUGGUGAAGAUGAAGAUGAUGACGAUGAAUGAGGCAAUGAAAAUUGAAGUAGACAAGGCAGAUGCACAGCUUCCAGCAGACAAAAGGUUUGCUAUGGAAAAGCAGUGGAUUAUGGAGUUGGCCAGGUUCCACCAUGAUAGAAGUCUCAUGUAACCUGGGUCUCAGGAAGAAAACUGACAAGCCUGUGCUGUGGAAGAAAGAGCUGACUUGGGUGGACUAUAAAAUAAAAUAUGCUAAUUUACUUUAAUAUUGUCAAGAAAGAGAUAAGCUUUGUUUUUGUUUUCCCAAUUCUGUCUGUAAAUGUACUGCAUGUGGUUCUGUAAGAAGUUGUAUAAUAGGAAGAAAUGUACCAAAAUCAGCAAACUAUUGGAUCCUUUUUAAGGGCACUCGAGCGCAUUUUACAUUGCUUAUUCCUUCCCAGUUUAUUUUUGCUAAGGACAGUUUUUUUUUAUUGGUCAUAUUUCCCUUACUGCAUAGACAGCAUUAAGUUUGGUGCCACAAGAGUUGAAAUAUAUUUCCCCUGUAUUAAAGAGAUAUAUAAAGUGAACAUUGGACCAACUGAAACUUGUUCAAGUCAGUUGGCUUGGUGUUUUUUUUUUUUUUUUAUUUAGAACUACAGAUAAUUUAGAUGAUCUUGAAUUUGUGAAACAAUGCAGUAGCAUCACAGUGUGGGAACAGUGUGGAACGUUUUUCUUAAAUACUGUAUUACAAGGCUCAUAUCAGUCCUUAAACAUAAGCAUUAAUCAACACAGUGCUGUCUGUGUGAAAGGUGUGCAGUGCAUAGGGAAACCGAGCUGAGUAAGAAUCGUUAAUGAACAUUAAGAUAUGGUACAGCUGUGUGCACUAACAAGAUCAAGGACAUUACCACACAGUAUUGCCAAAACCAGAAUAUCUUGGUGUUAGAAUGUGGCAUGCAGUAUCAGAUUUGCUGUGUACUUACAAGAAUAAAUAUGUAAUGCAGCCAUAUAUCGUUCAAAAUAAAACUGUCAAAUAGCAAUGAUUCAGCAACUUUCUAAAAAAAAAAAAACUGCUGCAGUGACAAAUUGAUAUAUGUAUGUUAAAUUAAUCCCCAUCUCUGUGUUUACUCCAUUUCCUCUUUUUGUGCAAUAUUUCUGUAUAAAGUAGAAGUUGCCAUUUGAAGUUAAGAAUAUGCAAAUGUAGAGACUUUAGUGGGUCAGGUCUUAGUAAUACACACACAGCAGCAGUAGCUCUAAGGCCUAAGCAGGGAAUGGUAAGGGCAAGACACUGCAGCAUUUUGAGCUAUGCAGGUGAUCCACUGAAUAACUCCAAAAGGAGAAUUUAGGGCAUCAUUGUUGUGGUAGUGAAGUUAUUGGAAUUGUGCACUGUUCAGAAAUACUUUCUGUUUGAUAUUUAUCAAACCUCAGUACUAAAAGUACUGUAUUGAUUUAGUUUAUGUAAAUCCAGAGCAAGUUGUGUUAUGUAUUUUAAGUUGAUCCAUGAAUUGAAAGUUUUCAGAGACCAGACCCACCAUGCAGUUCCUUAAUGAAACUGCAUUAUUUGUCUUCCUUACUAAAGAAAAAUUUUAAAUCAGUUUCUUUUCCAGUGUAAUGCAGAACUAAAAAAAAGUAACAAACAGUGAAGGUAACAAAUAAUUGUUUGAAUGGGAUUGAUAGUUGUGUUUCAAGAAAACCUAAAUUGUUUUGUGCACUAACAUUUCACUUUGCAUUGUUUUUCAUUUUUUUAAGUAUAGUUUUUCUGAACAUUUAUUUAUUGUGUGAAAAAGACAGUGUGUUUUGAAUACCUUAUUCCCCAUUUUACAUUCUUAAUUGACUUUUCAGUUUUGUUUUUUCAUUCUUAAAAGAUAUUCAAGUUGCACAAAUACAUUCAUACUGUUGCUGUGAAAUGUACUUUUUAUGUGUUGUGUUGUAAAUUGUCAGCUCUUCUUGAAUGGAUGUUUUUAAUCCAGAGAUGUUUAAAAUAUUACAUAAAUACUUUAACACUAAUGUAAGCCAGAUUCAAAAUGGCAGUUUUUACUAAUUUCAUGUUAUUUGCUCAUAUUUUAGUCAUUGAGCGUUAAGAAUUACAAUGAUACUGGCCUUCAGAGAACAAGAAAGAGGAGUUUUCUUA